AUGUAUUUCAAUAACCAACCAACCGUGAGCGAGAUCAAUGAAUUUCUCGAAAAAAUUAAUUCGAUUAAGAACUAUUUGUUCAAUGACUGGAAGGCAAACAAUAUUGAUGUCGAGGAAAAUAAUUCAGAUGCUUACAGGAAAAUAAAAAAAGAUUUUGGAGCACUGUCAAAUGUGUACAUAUAUAAUGUAGACUCUCAGACUGUAGAUAGACAUAAAAAUAACGGACCACCUGCAGUUACUGAAAAGGGAGAAAAUAUGUUGAGAGGUACACUCAGCAAUUUUAAAAGUAUUGAUUCAGGAAAUGUAUCAAGCAAUAUCCAUUUUCUUGGUUCUGAAAUCAAUUUAAUAUUAAAGUUCGAUGGUUGCGGUCAUACAGAUUUAAUCGAAUCGCAUAAGGUUGCAAUAAAACAGCAGACAGAUGAGUUACAUAACUACUGCAUACAGAUUGAGGCUGAAAAAGAAAAGUCCAAAAUUACAGCUUCGGAGAUCUCUGUAUUGAAAUCAGAAGUCGUUAACUUUUCGGGUACGAUGCAUAAUCACUGUGAACAUGUUACUGGCUUAAAGCCGAGAAAUAGCAGUACAGAAGUGGAUCUUUCGCUUCAAUUAGACACUUUAAAAGUUACGAUAGAAGAUCUCUUACGUCAAAGUAUGUGGAGUGAAAAGAAAAUCGCUGAGCUCCAGGAGAUCAAAUAUACAUCAGAACGAAUUUUAAAUAAAACAAUCGACAGAAUAAAAGAUGAAUUGAACGUUUUGAAAACCGAGCUUGAGAAUACCAAAUCGGAGUUAGGUUGUUCACAAGAAAUUGUUAAAAAAAAAAAUUACGAGAAGAAAUGUUUGAUGGAAAAAAACGAGUCAUUAACACACGAUAUAGACAAUCUUUACAAAUCGUUAAGAGAUUUAAAAAGUGAAUAUUUUUUAUCGAAAGAAAAGUCAAAAGAGAAUUCGAAAGAUAAAAUCAAUGAUUUAGAACACGAAUCGGACCGAAACUACCUACACCUGCAGCGUAUUGAAGAACAGGGACAAGAUGCAGCAGCUGAUAUCGUGAUCAUGGCUAAAAACCUGAAUAGAUUAAAAAGGCAAAACACAGCAUUGGACCUAAGCAUAGAAAAUAUUCUGAGGCCAAGUAUUAAAACUAUUGACGAGACGAAGUCGUAUCCAAAUUUCGGUCACCUUUUAUCAGAGCAAUGUGGUUGUGGUACGAGUGUUUGUAGUAUGUUUGACAUGGCACUCGGAACAACGAUUCAACAUCAAAAUAAACUCAAAAUGGACGGUUAUUCCUCAGAUGAUGACGACAAUAUUCCAAAGUGUGAAAAAGAUGAAAAAAUAAAAAAGCUGCAAAAUAAGCUCAAUGAAUUGGAAAAAGCGUACAUAAGUAAAGCACAACGAUACGAAAAAAUAAUAACUAAAAUAGACAUAGAGGCGCGCAAAGAAAAAGAGUACCAGCAACAAAUCUACAAGUCUAAUAUGAAGAUAAAAGAGAACCAAAUUUCAGAUCUUAAAGAAGGAUUUAGAACUUAUAUAAGAACAAAAAACGAAGAGAUCAAACACGAACGAAAUAAUUUCAAAGAUGUGAAAAAACAAUUAAAAGAUCAGAAAACGUUGCUGGAGUUAGAAGAAACUAAUGCGUGUGGCCGUAUGGAAACACUUAACAAAAAAUAUAAUAUUGAACGUGAAAAAGUUACCAAGCUAUCGAGUCGUAUUGAUGGGUUAAAGAUACGACCGACAGUGAACAACAAACCAAGGAGUGUAGAUAAAAAACUUGCAAAAGUUUCUAAAGCAGGGCCUUCUGGUGAUGCAAAAUCGAAAAUCCCAGUUAUAAAAGUCUUUAAUGUCGGGUUAAAAAAUCAAAAUAGCAACACUCCUGACUAUAGUCCACUGCUUCAUAUGUACAACCAAAAACAACAAGAUAAGAAGAUCAGUAACCUUUACGAAAAUAAUAAACAGCAAAAUGCUACUGGUAUUCCAAAAGGUCAGGUUUAUAAUGCCCCAUCAGGAAGUCGGUGGAAACUAUAA